AUGGCGCAGAAACCUCUCAGCACCGCUGCGGCCGAGCGCAUGAACCUCGUGGCCCAGGACGAGAUCUGGAAAUACCGCCUAAAGGCUGAAACUGAAGCACGUCAAAACUGGGCCCAGAACUGGGGAUUUUUAACAACCCCUCUCGAGGAGUUGCUCAAGGGUGAAGAAAAACCCCCCACCCCAAAGCCCAAAAUCGAGCUUCCCGAGCGGUUCCGCAUCCGGCCUGUGACCCCAGUGGAGAAAUACAUCAAGAUCCUUCCAUCCCCCCCAAUCCCGAAGACGACCCAGGGCUUCAUCGGCUGGAGAUCCGGGGUGCCUGGCCUGAACAAGUGUCUGGAGCACGAUUAUGAGAUCAGAAGCUGCAAGGGGGCAUAUGCCAAAGAGCUAGGCUGGCCGAAGCAAGGCAUCCACUGA